UGAGCUACCAUAAAAACUUGCCAUGUUAUGUGCUCCAAUUAUUUUUCUACAUGUUGUCUUGUUUCUGUAUGUUUUCUGCAGCCAUCGAUACCAUAAGAGCUGAUGAAUAUCUCAGGGAUUCCGAAGCUUUGAUUUCUGAUGGAAAUAGAUUCAAAUUGAGUUUCUUCAGCCCUCCAAACAGCAAUCUCCGCUACCUCGGUAUCAUGUACAAUCUGCCUGUGAUGACUGUUGUAUGGGUAGCUAAUCGGAACAAGGCUCUCAAUGACUCCUCUGGAACGUUUCAGAUAUCAUCAGAUGGCAAUCUUGUGGUUUUGGAUGGUCGAAAAGAAAUUGUGUGGUCUACGAAUCUUUCACCUUCUGUUGUCAAUCGUAGCGUUGUGCUCUUGAAUACAGGGAAUCUGGUUCUGCAAGAUGACUCCAAUAAUAGCGCGUAUGUUUGGGAGAGCUUCCAACAUGCUUCUGAUUCCUGGUUAGAGAAGAUGAAGAUUCUUACAGAUUUGAGUAGGAACGAAAAGAAUAUACUAACAUCGUGGAAAAGUCCUGAUGAUCCGGCACCUGGAAGUUUCACCGUGACAAUUGAGCCUUUAGACAUCCCUCAGUCAUUUAUUUGGAAGGAUGACAAUCCUUAUUAUCGCAGUGGUCCAUGGAAUGGACAGAUCUAUACUGGGAUUCCACACAUGAGAUCUGACUAUCAUUAUGGAACGCAUGUUGUCACUGGUCUUCCAGGAACUGCAUAUGAAAUGUUUACACUUCCCAAUUCAUCUGUAAUUGCAUACGCUAUCUUAAACUCUUCAGGGAGUCUAGAGGAGAAGGUGUGGUCUGAUGAGAAGAAAGGGUGGGAUGUAACAUGGUCAACGACAGAUAAUGAGUGUUAUAUGUAUGGUAAAUGUGGACCUUUUGGAAGCUGUGAUGCUCAAAACAGGCCAAUAUGUUCCUGCUUUCGGGGAUUCAUGCCAAGAAGCAAGGUUGAGUGGGAGGCAGGAAACUGGACUAGUGGAUGCACAAGGAUAACUGGCCUCCAAUGUGAACAUAACAAUUCUGUGGGUAAACAAGAUGAGUUUCUGAAGACGGAGGGAGUAAAGUUGCCGGAUCAUUUUAUAUGGUUUCCCUUUUCUGAAAGAGAAUGCAGGGACGCGUGCUUGAGUAAUUGUUCUUGUAUAGCUUAUGCAGUUCCUCCUGGAAUUGGAUGUCUGCACUGGACGAAUAACUUAACUGAUACUCAAAAGUUGACUGAUGGUGGUGAUGACUUGUACAUUCGAUUGGCACAUUCAGAACUAGCAGAUAAGAGGAAAGACCACACAACAACUAUUGCGAUAGCAAUAGUUUUGGGAUUUAUACUUGUUGCUGUGUGUGCAUACUUUUUGUUGAAAUACAAAGCAGGAAAACAUAUAGCUAAAGUGCUGUUCUUCAGAACCAAUGGGAAAUUGCCAAAUGGAGUAGAAAUUGCUGUAAAAAGACUAGCAAGAUCCUCAAACCAAGGGGUGGAGGAGUUCAUGAAUGAGGUUGAGGUGAUUUCUAGGCUUCAGCACCGCAAUCUUGUUAGACUUCUUGGUUGCUGUGUCGAGUCGGAAGAAAAACUGCUAGUUUAUGAAUACAUGCCCAAUGGAAGCUUGGAUGCUUAUGUCUUUGGUAUUUCUGUGAUGCUCUUGAUUGGUUCCCAUAAGCAUGACUUUCUUAAUUGGCAAACACGCAAAUUAAUUAUUGAGGGGAUUUGUCGAGGCCUGCUUUACCUACAUCGUGAUUCAAGGUUAAAGAUUAUUCAUAGAGAUCUCAAGGCAAGUAAUAUCUUGUUGGAUGAGGUGUUUAACCCUAAAAUCUCCGACUUUGGUAUGGCAAGGAUUUUUGGUGGUAAGGAUGAUCAGGCCAAUACAACAAGGGUUGUUGGGACAUAUGGCUAUAUGUCCCCAGAAUACGCACUACGUGGAAUAUUUUCUGAAAAAUCUGAUGUCUAUAGCUUUGGCAUCCUACUAUUGGAGAUUGUGAGUGGAAAGAAGAACUCGAGUUUUUAUGAUGAAGUUCAACAACUCUUUCUUACAGCUUAUGCUUGGAAGUUGUGGAAUCAAGGAAAGAUUGUGAAUGUGAUGGAUCCAGCCAUAUAUGAUAGUGGAAUGGAAGAUGAUAUCUUGAGAUAUGCAAAUGUAGGUCUACUGUGUGUGCAAGAAAUGGCUGCAGAUAGGCCUAACACUUCUACAGUGCUGUCGAUGCUUAGCUGUGAGAUCGUGGAGCUUCCUCACCCGAAGCAGCCAGCAUUUCUUGGUAUGCAGACCUCUCAGUCCACAGAGUCCUCUUCCAAGAGUUUAGGUAAAUGCUCUGUUAAUGAAGUCACAUUUUCAUCAGUUGAUCAAGGAAGGUGACCUUAUUACCUUCUUUAACUAUAUUUAUGGAUAUUGAAGAGCUGAUUGUGUAUGUUGUUUGAUAUGGUUGAUUAGUGGAAUACAAUAUGUUAUGUAUAGAUGUUGAGUUCAGUUUAGUUGU